CCCCCCCCCCUCGUUACGUACAGGGAACCGGAUUUUGCAAUCCGCGCUCUUUGGCCUCCCGCCGCGACCCGUAGUUUUUGCAACUGGCUUCGCAGGUUGGAGCGUUUGCUGUUUUUUUCGCUGGGAAAAUGUCUUUGCAGGAGCCGCCGGUGACGGUCAGCGACGUGCAGGAGCUGCUGAAGAAGAAGGACGAAAUUGAGGCCCAGAUCAAGGCCUAUUAUGAAGUCCUGCAGGAUCAAAAGGGAGUUGGGAUGAACGAGCCGCUUGUGGACGGUGAUGGUUACCCUCGGGCAGAUGUGGACAUUUACCAAGUCCGGACUGCGAGACACAACAUCAUAUGUCUGCAGAACGAUCACAAAGCCCUGAUGCAACAGGUGGAACAGGGUCUGCAUCAGCUGCACGCCCGGGAGAAAGAGAAGCGUGACCGGGACGAAGCCGAGGCUCGUGCCGAAGCCCAAAGCCAGGCCUUGCCUCAGCCCUUCGCCCGAGUGAACACUGUCAGCCCUGGAUCCCCGGCCAGCUUCUCGGGUUUGCAAGCGGGCGACGAGAUUGCCGAGUUUGGCUCGGUGAACAGCCAGAAUUUCCAGUCGUUGCAGAACAUUGCCACUGUGGUGCAGCACAGCGAGGAUAAACCCUUACGCGUGACUGUGAUCCGAAGAGGGGAAAAAGUCCAUCUGGGGCUCACCCCGAAGCGCUGGAGUGGGAAAGGACUUUUGGGUUGCAAUAUUGUCCCUUUGCAAAGAUGACUUCUGGUGACGAUUCAACUCCUGAUUGUAUGUUUGGUGACGUGUCAUUUUGACGUUAGCAUCUUCCCGAACAAGCUGAAAUGGCGAAAAUGAAUUUGGAAUUAGGGGGUUUUCCUGUGUUUUCCUGAAGAUGCCGUUUGACUUUUUUUUUUUUCCCCUGAUUCCCAAAGGGUAUUUAGUACGUUUUAACUUGGGCGUAAGGACAAAAGAGAGUUUUUUGGCUUCAUUGCAGGAUUGAGCAAUUUACAGUAGUUUUGUGGCCUACCUUUGGAUUCUUCCUUGUUUGGUUCGAGAAUUAGACAAUAAAAGAUUUGUACCAUU